AUGGCAGGAGCUCCACCCAUCAAGAAUCUUCCCAAAGCGCAUGCCCUCCACGACAAGCAGGUAUCUGGCGAGCCCUACGAUUACAUUAUUGUCGGCGGUGGGUUGGCCGGUUGUGUCUUGGCCGAACGAUUAUCCCAAUCGGGCGACAAGCGCAUCUUGGUAUUGGAAGCGGGAAGACCCGAUUACAACAAUCUUCAAAUUCGAAUCCCCGCCGGUAUUCUGCGUCUCUUUCGCAGCCAAUACGAUUGGCAAUACGAAAGUGCCAGAGAAGCGCACUGCGAAGGACGCAAUCUAUACUUGCAACGCGGCAAAGUCUUGGGAGGAUCUUCCUGUACCAAUGCAUGCUUGUAUCAUAGAGGGUCGGCCCAAGAUUACAAUGAUUGGAAGGUUCCGGGAUGGACCGCCAACGACGUCUUGCCCUUUUUCAAGCUGUCUCAAAAAGAUACCACCGGUAUGAUGUCCACCGAGUAUCAUGGAACCAAGGGAAAAUGGACCAUGAGUCAUGUUCGGUAUCAAAAUCCACUCAGCAAACGUUUUUUGCAAGUUGGAAAAGCUGCUGGAUUGGGCGUCAAUGACGACUUUAACAACUGGUCCCGACCUCAAACGGGUGUGGGACGCUUUGCUGUAUCCGAAACCAAUGGAGAACGAUGUUCGGGAGCCACUGCCUUUUUGUCCAAGGCCAUGAAACGAAAAAAUGUUGUGGUGCAAUCGGGAUGCAUGGUCCGACACAUUGAUUUUGAUUCGGCCAAGAAUGCCAUUGGUGUGACCUACAAUCUCAUGGGAGAUGAUACUUUCAAGAACUUUUGUGCCAAUCUGAAACCAGGCGGUGAAGUGAUUGUCACGGCCGGGGCCAUUGCGUCGCCACAACUGCUCAUGUGCAGUGGAAUCGGUCCUCGCAAACACUUGACCAGUCAUGGGAUCCACGUCAUACACGACAAUCCCAACGUAGGAUGCAAUCUACAAGAUCAUCCAGCCGCGGUGGUAUCCUUUCAAACGUCCAAAAGGGGCAUCAGUGUGACUUCCAAACUACGGCUGUUUGGCAAGACCAAUCCUUUGCCACUUCUCAAGUGGCUUCUAUUCAAACGAGGAUUGCUCACUUCGACUGGAUGUGACCAUGGUGGAUUUGUCAGAACAAACGCUGCUACGGGCACACAACCACAACCAGACUUGCAGCUGCGUUUCUUGGCUGCCAAGGCACUGGGACCAGACGGAAUGACGACCUUUACGCAGUUUCGAAACACCAAAAAUCAUGAAGAUGGAUAUUCCAUUCAAUGUAUUGCGUGCCGGGCACGCAGCCAAGGCACGGUUCGAUUGGCAUCGUCCAAUACCAUGGUGAAACCAAUCAUUCAGGUUGGAUACUUUUCCAAUCCACAAGAUUUAGCCACCCUCCGCGAAGGAAUCAAACUAGGACGACAAUUGUGCAAUCAUCCCGAAUGGGGCGACGACUAUCGUGGUACCGAAGUCUAUCCAGGCCCGCAAGUGAGAACCAAUGAGGAGAUUGAAGCGUACAUUCGACGUACCGUCCAUACAUCCAAUGCCCUGACGGGAACCUGCAAGAUGGGCCUUGGAAACGAUUCCGUAGUCGACCCGCAGCUGCGAGUGCGAGGUGUUCAAGGAGUCCGUGUCGCCGAUAGCUCGAUUCUGCCAGUGAUUCCAGGAGGUCAAACGGCCACUCCUACCGUCAUGGUUGCAGAACGAGCGGCUCAUUCCAUUUUGGAGGAGGCAACCUCUACAACACUUGACGACAGCACCAAAGAAGAGGCCUCCUCGAUUGCGUCCGAAGAGGCAUCCACAGAGGAGCCCGUGAUGGCUGCAACUAGCUAA